AGCGAAAACGACGAUAGCCUGGAUUUUCUCCCGACGUAUCAAGCUGGACCUCAAUGGACGACCCGACAUCAAAGACAAACGAUCAUCGACCACGAUGACGAGGCGACUAAAGGCGUCGACAGUUACAAAGUGGCGGCUUUCGGGGGGUGGAACGAUUUGCCGCCAAGCGUCGGCUACGCCAUUUUCGCAACCUUGCCCCCGGGGGACUUGUUCGCAGUGUCGAAUGCUUGUUCGAGUUGGCGACGCGCUGCGAGGGACCCGCGACUUUGGCCCACAAUGGUCGUUGUACAGCCGCAAAUGAUGAAUAUCCCCAUGGAUGUUUGGGGAGAAGUCGAGGGAACAUUCGGGGUGAAAUUCCUCAAAUUUUCCUACAACAACUUCGAUUCAGAUGCUUUCGGAAACGGACUCGAAGGAUUGGUUACCAUGUACGAAGGCACCAUGAGGACCAACGAAGUUCUCAUUGAAGUUCUAACAGCGAGACCAAAGGACAAGUGGAACCUGGUCGGAGAAACAAGGAUAAGUUGUUCCCUCGAAACAGGUUCCGCGAAAGCAUUUUCGCACAACUUCGGGCCUAGGAUCCGUCUUUCAAACUAUCAAGACGUCGUGGACCAUUUGACAGAUUCGAAAACGGUGACAUUAACCCACUCGCUCGCAAAUUGCGAAAAUUUCGACAGCGUCUCCUAUGGAAAUUUGAAAACCGGACACACCGUGGACACCUUUUAUGUGUACCAACAAGGUGAUCAAGAGAUGCUGAAAGUGGUUUCAACCACUGCAAUAUUCAGAAACACGCAAGGUUUCGGAUCUCCUUACGCUGUUUUCACAACUAAUACAAACGUUUUCGCGGACGGAACUGUGCAGGUGAAACCUAGUUUCUGGGACACGAUAGAAUGGGACAAUGAGUUGGGAGAUGGAACUGGAGGAUCCGAAGUUAUGGAGUUCAUCUGCCAACUUGACCCAGAGUCAACCGUCUUCUGGGCUUCGCCAGAUAUUGUCCAACCGACUUUCGUGGGAUACUCAGAAGUUGCAACAGCCUUGGAAUCAGGACAUGAACUCGAGCUCGUCCUUGAUGCCACUGAAUGCGGAAAUGAUGUUGGACAACCAAAUCCUGCCACAGGAUUGGGAACAAGUAUUGGCGGAUGGGAAAAAACUGCUAAUGGAACCAUAGGCUUCACAGCUUUUCACAUCACGGAACAAGGCAUGAUCCAUUAUGAGACUUACCUACUAAACCCAGACAACACUCUAAACCUUCACAUCAAUCAGUUCAUAUACAUCGGGGGAAUCAACGUGAUGGAAGUUGACGUGAUUUGCGAAGACAUCUCGAAAGCUGGGUUCUUCUACAGUCGUCAUCCGGAUUUGAGGGAAGAUAAAAAUACCAUGGAGCUGUUGCAAGAAGAAGUGGUCAGUACAGGACGACCCUCAGUGGUAAUCAACUAUUUCAACUGUCAGGACUCUGCUUUUGGAUCUGAAGUAACCCUGGCAGGGUUUCCUGCAAAAUUCAAUUACCUUUCAGGC